AUGAAGUUCGGAAGAGAAUACGAAGCGCAGAUGAUCCAAGAAUGGCGAGAGGCCUACAUGGAUUAUCGUGCUCUCAAAUCCAUCGUCAAACAGAUCCUUCGUUAUCGCCUUCAAAAACAACACCGUCCUCCUCCUCCUCCUCCUCCUCCACCUCCUUUCUCCUCCGGCAGCGGAGACACCGCACCGCUCAAAUCACAAGAUGGCGGAGGCGGAAGCGGAACCGGUUCGACAGGAUUAUCAAGGAGAGUCUCUCUCUACCGCGCAUUCAGCGGUCUCACGAAUCGAGCUUCUCGUUCCCCGAAGAAAUCACACAGACAACACAAUCCUCUCAGCAGCAAACGCCACCACCACCACCACCAUUACCAUCUAUUCGACGACGACGAGGAGCAGAUCAUUCUCAUCAACGAAGACGACAACGCCUACACCACGACGUUUCUCAGCUCGGCCGAGGAAGGCGGAGAGAUGGACGUCCAGUUUUUCCGGCGGCUCGACGGAGAAUUCAACAAAGUUUUGAGAUUUUAUAAGCAGAAAGUGGAGAGUGUGAUGGAGGAAGCCGAUGAGCUUAGUAGACAAUUAAACGUGUUGAUUGCUCUUAGGGUUAAGGUUGAGAAUCCAAACGUUGAUUUCCCUUCUGACAUCAAUAGUGUUCCUUCUUCUCCACAUUCAACCACCUCCAGGGCUCCAGCAACUUCACCAAUGGAUGUGAUUAAGGAGAUGGAAAAGACAGAAGAUAAGAAAGUCUUUAAACCUGCUCCAGUAGAGAUGUUGGAUCAUAUAAAGCUCAAGAUCGAACCGGAAACGCCAUUGACAACUCUUAAAUGCAUGAUCCUUGGUCUUAAUAAUGAGCAAACCUUCACCAAGGCAGAGCUGAAGAGAGCCGAGGAGCUUAUGAGCCGAGCCUUUGUUGAGUUCUACCAGAAACUUAGUUUCUUGAAUCAAUUGGCGUUUUCAAAGAUACUAAAGAAGUAUGACAAGACUACUUUGAGGAAUGCAUCGAAGCCUUAUCUAAAUACAGUGGAUCAUUCUUAUUUAGGCAGCUGCGAUGAGGUCUCAAGGCUCAUGUCAAGAGUGGAGGCUACGUUUAUAAAGCAUUUCGCCAAUGGAAAUCACAGAGAAGGAAUGAAAUGCUUAAGGCCUAAAGCUAGGAGGGAGAAACACAGAGUCACAUACUUCCUUGGCUUCUUGUCGGGUUGCGCAGUGGCUCUCGCCAUUGCGAUAACAGUUCUUAUACAUAUAAGAGGCCUAACAGAAAGCGAGGGUCGUCAUCAGUACAUGGAGAACAUUUUCCCUCUUUACAGCUUGUUCGGGUUUGUUGCGGUGCAUUUGUUUAUGUUUGCAGGAGACAUAUUCUUCUGGAGUCGGUAUAGAGUAAAUUACAAGUUUAUCUUCGGGUUUGAGCAAGGGAAUGAUCUCGGUUACAGAGAAGUUCUUCUGCUAGGCUCUGGUCUAGCUGUUCUAACGUUUGGAGGAGUCAUCUCGAAUCUUGACAUGGAAAUGGAUCCGAGAACCAAAAGUUUUAGUGUCAUCACCGAGCUCGUUCCUUUAGUUCUUCUCAUCUGCUUGAUGAUGGUGCUGUUAUGUCCAUUCAAUAUAAUAUAUCGGUCCAGCCGAUAUUUCUUCAUCGGAUGCUACUUCCGUUGUCUUUUGAGCCCUCUCUACAAGGUUAUUCUCCCAGAUUUCUUCCUCGCAGAUCAGUUGACAAGUCAGGUCCAAACGUUCAGAAGCAUGGUGUUUUAUUGUUGCUACUAUGGAUGGGGAGGAGAUUUCAAAAGAAGAGAACACACUUGCUAUGAGAGUGAAAUUUACCACGAACUCUACCUCGCCGUUGCCAUCAUUCCUUACUGGUUCCGCUUCGCUCAGGUGUGUAUAAGGAGGUUGGUUGAGGAAAAAGACAAAAUGCAUGGCAUAAACGGGCUAAAGUAUUUGUCGACAAUAUUGGCGGUUGUAGCUAGGACAGUCUUCGAGAUGAAGAAAGGGACCUACUGGCUCACAGUGGCUGUAACCACAUCGACCAUUGCCACAUUGUUCAAUACUUAUUGGGACAUUUUCAAGGAUUGGGGUCUUAUGAACCGCAACUCGAAAAAUCCGUGGCUCCGUGACAAACUCUUAAUCCCUCACAAAAGCAUAUACUUCAUUGUCAUGGUGGUGAAUGUGGUGCUGAGGUUGGCGUGGAUGCAGACGGUACUUGGGAUUAAAGAAGCUCCAUUUUUACACAAAAGAGCUUUGGUUGCUGUUAUUGGGAGUUUAGAGAUUUUCCGUCGUGGCAUUUGGAACUUCUUCAGGUUGGAGAAUGAGCAUUUGAACAAUGUAGGGAAAUACAGAGCCUUCAAGUCUGUACCUUUGCCAUUUCAAGAACUUGGAGGAAGCAAGAACAUGUAA